GCCCCGGGCCCCGCGGGGAACGUCGGAGGCGGCGGCGGCGGCGGCGGAGGCGGCGGGCACGUCGACGUCAGACCUUCAAGUACUGUUUGUGCCAAAUCAUUACUGCUUGCCACAUGAGUCUAAAUCAUGAUGGAUGCCAAGUAUGUCCUCUGCAGAUGGAAAAAGCGAUUAUGGCCUGCAAAGGUUUUGGCCAGGACCGAGAGAUCAACAAAAAAUAAGAGAAAAAAGGAAUUUUUUCUAGAUGUUCAAAUACUCUCUCUAGAUGAAAAAAUGAAGGUGAAGAGCACAGGAGUUGAGAUCCUAAAGAAGUCUCGAAUUGAGGACAUUGCUUCAUUGUUAGCCUCCCAGAAUGAGGCCCUGGCCACACCCCUCCAGGAGCUCACCUACCGAAGGUCGCUUCGAGUGGCCCUGGAUGUUUUGAACGAGGGAGCCAGUUCAAGUCAAGAAAGCCCUUCAAGGGAAGAAAGGGAGGCUCUGUCUCCAAGCAGGAAGCCCACGGACUCGGCCUCCUCGCUCUGUGGCUCCGACUCGGCCACUUUCCACCAUGGAGACACGUCGGGCAGUCCCCGAGCUGGGAGGAGGGGGCGGGCCCAGCACAGCCGGUUAAGUUCACCCACUCCUGGAAAGGACCUCAAAUGCCCGGUGGAAUCUGAGCAGGGGCCGGGGUGCGGUAGAAACCCAGAAGCCCCGCCGGCCCCUCCAGCUGCACCUGGCUGUCGGGACGGAAGCAGGUCACAAACACACCGAAAAGCUUGGACUUGCCCAAGGAAGAGGGAGAGAAAUAGUGCCCAGACGUCCAGCUUGCACCAGGACGUACCUUCUUCUGUCUCAGGGCGCGAGGAGGAGAAAGAGAGCGAGGAGAAGGCGGGCAGCCCCCCAGACCUGGCCUCACCCUCCAAUGUCAGGGAGGAUGAGGAAUGCGCCAGGGCUGACGGGGGCAGCCUGGUGUCGCCAGCUGGGCCCCUCCCUGCACUCCCAGCCUCAAGAAAGAUGGCAGGUGAUGCCUGCCAGGAGACGGGGCCCCCCUGCCUGGGAUACCCAGCCCGCCCGGACACCGGGGAACUCCCCGCGAAGAGGCGGCGCCUGGGGGGCCGCCAGAGGCCGUGUGUUGGGGAACCAGGGAUGGGGCCCGCAGGGCCAGUGCUGCACCCCAGGCAGGGGCCCGUGGAGCAAGCUCCCGCCACCCACACGCUCAGCCCUCACUUCCCGGACCCUGAGGAGGCUGAGGAGGAAGGCCGCCAGGCUUCAGAGGGCUCGGUGGAGUUGGGUUCCCUUCAUUCCAUCCUGGAUGAGGACGAGGACGAAGAGCCCCCCAGAAUCCUUCUCUAUCACGAACCACGUUCCUUUGAAGUAGGAAUGCUAGUCUGGCUUAAAUACCAAAAAUAUCCCUUCUGGCCAGCAGUGGUCAAAAGCCUCAGGCGCCGAGAUAAGAAGGCGAGUGUGCUUUUUAUCGAAGGAAACAUGAACCCAAAAGGGAGAGGCAUCACGGUGUCCCUGCGAAGGCUGAAGCACUUUGACUGCAAAGAGAAACAGACCCUGCUGGAUAAAGCCAAGCAGGACUUCGAGCAGGACGUCGGCUGGUGCGUGUCCCUCAUCACUGACUAUAGAGUCCGCCUAGGAUGCGGCUCUUUCUCUGGCUCCUUCCUGGAGUACUACGCCGCUGCUAUAAGCUACCCCGUGAGGAAAUCCAUCCAGCAGGACGUCCUGGGGGCCAGGUUCCCCCAGCUGAGCGGGGGGGACCCUGAGGAGCCAGAGGCAGAGAGCCCCCUGGGCCGGAGCCAUCGCUGCCGGAAGGUCCUCCCGGACCGGUCGCGGGCAGCACGGGACCGAGCCAACCAGAAGCUGGUGGAGUACAUUGUGAAGGCCAAGGGUGCUGAGAGCCACCUGCGUGCCAUCCUGAAGAGCAGGAAGCCGUCCCGGUGGCUGAAGACGUUCCUGAACUCAGGCCAGUACGUGACGUGCGUAGAGACGUACCUGGAAGACGAGGAGCAGCUGGACCUGGUGGUGAAGUACCUGCAGGGCGUUUACCAGGAGACGGGCAGCACCGUGCUGACGCGUGUCAACGGUGACCGUAUCCGCUUCAUCCUGGAUGUGCUGCUUCCUGAGGGAGAAGGAGAUAUUUGACAACCAGGUCCUGGAAGAACGGAGUCGUCGGCACCGGUAACGGAGCUGCUGCCCCGCCAUUCCUGGCACCCCCAGGGCGUUUUGUUAGCAAGAAGCCCUGUCUGUGUGGACUCUCAACUGCUCUCUGUUGGACAUGAAUACGUUCUGGACCGUGGGAGACACGGGAAGGUGUGUGGCUCCUUCUUGAUUGUGUCUGUGGGUUCCUGGUGUCACAAUGUCCUGUCUCUACAGGUCGGCAAAGCCAGUGUUGUGAGCACGCUCAACACCAGUUUUCUUCUGCCUGGUUUUAGAAGGAACAGUUCCUGGAGUGUGUUUAAAAGGAUGUGAUAGCAUUUUGUGUAUUCGCGAGUUAACAGAGGGUGCACGUUGACCAUUUUUAUGUUAAAAAGCAGAGCACCUGUCCAUAAGAGCCGGUGUAAUCUCUAUGCCAUCAGAUAUUAAACAGCAGGAGUUGGAAGUGUCUGCUAUAUAUAUGUAGCUUGAGAAGCACCAGUUUAUUUUUCCACUUUGUUCCCCUUUGUGUGUGGUUUUCCCUUCAGGUAGUUCUGGAAUUUUCUCUCCCACUCCUAUAUAUAUUUUUGAGGGAAAAAAAAAUCUUUGUAAGAGGUGGAACCAAAGACAAGUUGCUGUUGUGCUUUUGUGUUUGCUGUGGCCACUCGUCCAGGAGAACAAACUGAAAAACAAAUCUCUUCCUGGUGGCCUUUCCCUGUAGUCCCCACGUAAGCGAGCGGGUCUCUGUGCCGGCCAUGCCGAGGGAGCCCCAGCACACUCCUCUCACUUGACUCCGUAUCCAUGUGAAUUCCCCUUAGGACUGUGUCUGUCCUCGGCAGCUGAGCGGCAUCAGCACACCGUCCGGGUCAUCUUGCUAGAUAGCUGUAAUGGCGUCCUGAGGUGGCCACCACCCCUCUUAACGGUGGCCACAGUUAUUGUGUGGGCAGUCUGGCCCCUUGGCCUAGGGCUGUGGGGUCACACGCCGCGGGAGGAGCAAGCACCGUGUCCUGGGCUUGACACCUUCGGGAACAAGGCCCUUUGUUUGGAGCCAGGCUCGCAUGCCCUCCCCAAAUACAAGCAACAGGCCUCCGUGCCCUGGCCAGAAGGCCUCCGUGCCCCAGGUGCCCAAGUUUAGGUACAUGCCACCACCAGUUGCUCUGUGAGGGCCCACAACUCGGUUUACCUCAGCCAGCCUUCAGACAUGGUUCUAGACAUGCCGUUACCGGUCAAGGUGACAAACCAAGGAAUCACCUGUUCUAAGCCGGUGCAAGGCUUCGCAUGGAAGUCGUCGUUGGCGAAGUUAGUUUUCUGACCUGACGUGAGCAUGAAGGUGAGCACCUCUCACCAGCCGGCCAGCUGCACCUCCCCUCUUGCAGUUUUCAGUUUUCCCUCCCCUGCUGUGAGGUGCCUGUCAGCCGAUGGGUCUGUGCGAGGAAGGUGCCUCUGCGUUUCUUCCUCACUCGGCAGCAGCAUCUGCAGUGGGAAGCCAGGAGGAAACGCUAGUUGGAGCGGGGGCCUCGCUGUCCUAAGGCGUUGCUGUCUGAGGAGGAUAUUGGCAAGGAUGACCACGGGUCCAUCAGAGAAUGAGGCGCCCUCUAGGUUUCCAGGGAGCGGCUGGGAGCGCACCCGCUGCUUGCCAACAUCAGCGCACCCAGAAUGGUCACAUCUGAGGAAACGCAGAUCCAGGGCUGGCCUGGCAUUCUGCCCACCUUUGCCCGUGGUCCCACUCAGAUCAUCCGAUGGUGUCAGGAGGAGUGAGUGUGCAGGCUUCCCCGUCGAGCUUCUCCCCCAUUGCCAGGUUUCCUGUCAUGUCUGAGGCCGCCACACGAACCACAGAGGAGCCCAGGCAGGCUGGACCCAGGGGCAAUAAGGCUCGCAGGUAACGCAUGAGUCUGAAGCUGUGAUGGGUGGCCCUUAUUGGCACCUGGCCCAGCACAGGUGACUCUCCUGGGACAGAGGAAGAGACCCCUUCACCCACCGCCGGAAGAGGAUGAGGACACAAACGUGCUUCCUCGUGGAGAAAUUCCAGACCGCUCAGCUCACAACCGGCCACGUUUUGGCAGGAAGCUGGCUUUCCCCAACUGAAUUGGUUAAUAAGAGUAGCUGGCACGUACCGUAUAUGCGACGUGCUCGUGGUGGGAAAUGUCUUGGUGGGUUUGUGGAAGCUGAGCGGCCAGUGCGCGGCUGAUGCCAUUCCUGUGACGUAUUUUUAUAUCUUCAUCUUUCUGCUUAUCCUUAGCGUGUUCUUGCAGUUUGAUUGUUGGAUUUAAUUCUUGAAACUGGAAUUAAAUGCCUUUUUAGAGCUCUGGCCUGUCUUUUUUAGCCCCCAAACGCGUUCUGCCUCAGCAACGGGGAUGUCCGUGAUAAUGCCGUUUCUCAGCAUGAAUUUAGGAACUCAGACUGACCUUCUGGUCCCUGGGGUGCUGGCGGGCGGCGGGGAGCACUGAUCCCGCGGCAGUUCCACAGGCACCUGGGAAACAUUUCCUUAUUUCAUAGGUUGGAUUCAGGGAGGCUGUUUAAGCAGCCUGAGUAGAGCAGACAUAUGUCAGGUAAAAAAAAUUAUCAAAGUGACACACACAGCAUUAAUCAAACGUGCUAAAAGGCCUCCAUGUACAGGCCCCUACCCCACCUCCCAGUCCUGGGCCGGAAAAGGUACUUUCAGCUCUUUCCGUUUUAUGUUUUUUGUGAGGUCUGGGGUGUUUAAGCCUACCCUUAGGCCGUUGGAGUUGGCACUGGGGGGGUCUCCCUCAGUCGUGGGGGUGCUGUCUGUUUAUGCUUCGAAUUGCAGGUAGGACUGUCGAUUGGGAAGUCAGAUCAGUUGACCUGAUUAGCAUGUGAAAUAAGGAAUGUUCUGGAAAGGCCCGAGAAGAAACUGGCCGAGUACUGGUCCUUUCAGGUGGUCAAGGCCUGCCCAGGGUAGCUGGUGUCACUUGGCUGCUUCUGUAGGAAAAAGCGCCAAGAAGACAGACUUGACUCAGCAUGCUGCAGGGGGUGCUGUCCACAGGCCACCCGCCCACUGGCUUGGGCCCUCCUGCUGGGACAGGCCUCUACCCCCACAAGAACCACCCUUCCCCCAUCUGCCUCGAGACUCCCCACCCUUCAUAGCAACCAGCACGCACAUCUCCAUAGCGACCGUUUCACUCCACCCACCUCACCUGACAACUGGAUCCCCCACACCUGGGUCUCCCACCCCAACACUGCUGACAUGAGGGCCAGGUCCUUCCCUGGGGCAGGGCUGUCUUGUGCACUGUAGGGUGUUGAGUGUUGAGCAGCAUGCCUGGCCUCCACCCACUCGAUGCCAGUAAUACUCCCCGAGCUGUGACAACCACAAAUGUCCCCAGACAUCACCCAGUGUCCCCUGGGGGCAGAAUCACCCUGGGUGAGAACCCCUGGGUUAGGGGAUCCCGUUGACCCCAAGAGACUGCAUCCCAUAAUCACCUGACCUGACGUCCUAGGAUGCUGCACACAUCUGAAUCCACACACUGAGUGGGGAGGAGAAAGGGCGUGAAGGUCCUUCUCUCUCCUGCUUCUGUAUCUUGGUUCCUCCAGGAUCUUUGUGUGGUGUAACACCUUUCUUCCCCAUCUCUGCUUGUUCCCUUGCCUAUGUAAUCUCUUACAUCUCAAGAGAGAUUGAGUCAAAACGCACCCUAUGCGAAUACUGCCUUAUUAGCAUGACAAAGACAUCCCAAAUGGGAUUAUAACUACAGGUAUAGAGGUUAGGAUUUACAACACAUUUUUGGGGGACACCGUUCAAUCCAUAACAGUCACACAGUGAAGUCCUGGUUGAAUGUCAGAGAAGACGAUACGGGGCGUAAGUAGCAGGAGGUGAGUGUCAUCAGGGGCCAUCUUGGAUGCUGGCUUCCACACUAACGAAAAACAAAAACAAAAAAACCCAAACCCAUUGCCGUCAAGUCAAUUGCAACUCAUAGUGACCCUAUAGUACACAGUAGUACUACCCCCAUAGUUUCCAAGGAGUGCCUGGUGGAUUUGAACUGCUGACCUUCUGGUGAGCAGCCGUAGCACCUAACCGCUAUGCCGCCAGGGUUCCCAACACUGCCCCAAGGCC